CACAUUGCUUAUCUUUAGCUGUCUUGUCGAGCAUUUAAAUUCCGAUUUAAAAGCGGCAUUUUGGUCGGGUGCGUGUGUAUGGUAGAGCUUUAACUUCUUUUUCCCCGUUUAUUUGAUUCUCUGUCUUUGCAAGUUAAAACAUGAGCGACAGCUUGUUUUCUAGGCAUGCUGCCUUUAAUGCAGGCGUUGUCCCGGCAACUGCAGAGGAACUUUCUCAACGAUACGUUAAACUUUUUCAACAGUAUUCUCGCUUAAAAGCUCAACAUACCGUUCUAAAAAAGGCCGUCAUCAAGGAGCAAACGUCCAAUGUAGCUCUUCAAGGCAAUGUGAAGGAGAAAGAAAAAGAACUUAGAAAGUUACAAGAGCAGUUGGAUUUACUAGCUUUUCAUAAUGAAAGAUUAACAAAGCGUAUAGAAGCAGUACAGGAUAGUGAUCAACAUAAAGGAUCACACUUCUCUUUAUUAGGCGGAUCUUUGAAAAAGGAGUUAGAAAAAAACACACAAGCUUUGGAAGAGACAAAAAUGGACUUAGAAAGAAAGAUUAAAGAAAAUGAAAAGUUACAUGAGGAGUUAAAUGAACGGCAGUUCGAGUUUACGCAAAGCAUCAAUGGAUUAUUACAGCAAAUCCAAAAUUUAGAAAAAAAGAUGCAAGAAUUGCAGGAUGAAAAUGCAAACCUGCAACAAGAAAAGCUAAGCAGAGCAGCAUUCGUAAACAAUGUGAGCGACGGCGAAAAAAGAAAAAAAGAGGAGGAGAACCGAAAGGACGAUUACGAAAAGUUUCAAAAAGAAAUUGAAGCACUGAAAAAUGAGCUCAAUCAGAAAACAAAGUUACUAGACGAUAAAGAAUUAACCAUAGGGAACAAUCAUAUUGAGAUAUCAUCAGAAAUUCAAAGUUUACGUGCUAUUUUGCUGGCAAAAGUGGGUAAUUUACAUGGUAAUGAUGAUAAACCAUUGUAUGAUCGAAUUUCAGAAUCCAAUACAGCAUUAAAGAAUAUAGAAGAAGAGGCUACAGCUUACUUCAACUCUAUUAAGAACAAUCCUAAUGCUGAUACAGAUGCACCAAAUCUGCCUUCUGAAAUUGCCGACAAACUCAAGCUUUCUUCAGAUACAUUUUACACAGAAAUAAAUAAUCUAUCUCAACAACUUGACAAAGUUCAAGCAGAGUUGAUGAAGUUAAAGGAAGAAAAGGAAGGUUAUCAGAUCAAAGAAAAGGACCUGGAAAAAAAAGCCCAGCAACAGAGCGAAAAAAUAACGAACCUAUUGCAAAAGAUUGAGACUGAUCAAAUAAACCACGAAGCAUCUAUUACUGUUCUGCAAAAAUCGAUAGUAGAACUGGAGAACAGCAAUUCGCUUUUAAAGAUUGAGCUUGAAGAACAGAAAUCUGUAGUAGAAAAAGCAAGACAUGAGUUGCAAAAAUUUAAGGAUAAAAGCACAUCAAAAGAGCCAGUCGACAGAGAAGUUCAAGUCAGUACUGACCAUACUGUGCAAGAAAGUAAAGAUUAUGAAGUUAAAAUGGAUCAAGAGAGCAGUAGCAGGAAGGAUGAGGAUGAGGACAACAACAGCGAUGUGUUUGUAUAUCCAACACCCUCAGCGAAGACACAGUGUGAUUCAGAGAACAAGUUGAAUGCCCCAGAGAAAGAAGACAUGAUAACUGAAGAAGAAGAGGAAGUCUUUAUAUAUCGUGGAAUGGAUGCUCCUUUGCAGCAGGAAGAUACCCAGGAACCUUUAGAGUCUAGAAGCACUGAAAGUGCUAGCGAUGUUGAGAAUGUAAAGGCUGAUAACAAUUUAGAGGAAGCCGAUGGCAGUGAACCUAGAAAAAUAUACACCGAAGAGGAUAUGCUGAAGCGCGAGGAAAAAUUAAAAUCAUUUUACGAACAAAAGGUCAAGACGUUGACAGAUAAGAUACAAAUGACCGACGGUAAAGCGGUACGUUUCGCGGCUAUGUAUAGGAGUUUGAAGGAAAGACUCUUCAAGGAUGAAGAGGAAAAAUGUAUGAUGGUCUCAGAAAUUGAAAGACUGAACAAAGAAGUGAAGAAGGUACAAGAUCUACUAUCAACAACAGAAUCCAAUUAUCAAACACAGAUUGAUACUAUGACGGAGUUCAUCACAUCACUUCAACAAACUGUGGAAGAGCAAUCUAGAAGUCAGCCUCCGCCGCAGCCAAUGCAAGCUAGAAAACACAAUAAUAACAUUAACAAUAUUGGUCAUCUACAUAAUAAUAGCCUUCAUUAAUAACGCUAUAUUCUAUUUAUACAAUUGUACAAGCUACAGACAAUCGA